GGGGGUGGUGGUGUGGCGGCGAAAAUUUAGGAAUCGAUUCGACCACGUUUGGUCGAUUCCCCUUGGAAUCGAAUCUAUUGCAGCAUAUCGGGCGAGCCGUAAUAAUUUUGCGUGCACGGUUCCUGGGACAGUCGCAUCGCCGGUACCACCAGAACCACCAGUACCGUCAGUACCAUCACCUGGUACCACCAGAACCUUCACCGGUACCACCAGAACCUUCGCCGGUACCACCAGAACCACCAGUACCGUCAGUACCAUCACCUGGUACCACCUGUAGCAUCGCCAGUACCACCAGAACCACCAGUACCAUCGCCGGUACCACCAGCACCUUCACCGGUACCGUCAGCACCUUCACCGGUACCACCAGAACCUUCACCGGUACCACCAGCACCUUCGCCGGUACCGUCAGCACCUUCACCGGUACCGUCAGCACCUUCACCGGUACCGUCAGCACCAUCAUCACCACCACCGCCAAAAUUUACCACCCACCCGAACCGUUAAAAAAAUUCCCCCAGAACCGGUUAAAACAAAAAAACGUCCCGAACCGGUUAAAAACAAAAAAACCUCGAAACCGGCGAGCCAUGUCGCCCAACCACAACCGAGCGAAGCGGGCCGAUCUGUCACCUCCUCCUCCUCAUCAUCCGCAGCAACAACAACAACAACGCGCGGACACCGCCGCCUUAGAGGAGGACGACGACGACGAUGAUAACGGUGGUGGUGGUGGUGGAGCCACGCGGACGAUGUUACCCCGCGCCGGCAAAGCGACGGGCGACUCCACCGGCACCACCACCGGCACCACCACCACCGGCGUGGAGCUGAAGCGCACCAUCACCCUCUUCAACGGCGUCGCCAUCAUCGUGGGCACCAUCGUCGGCUCGGGCAUCUUCGUAACGCCCACGGGCGUGGCCCGCGAGGCCGGCUCGCCCGGCUGGGCCCUGGUCGUCUGGGCCUCGUGCGGGGUCUUCUCGGCCGCCGGCGCCCUCUGCUACGCCGAGCUGGGCACCACCAUCAGCAAGUCGGGCGGCGACUACGCCUACAUGCUCGAGGUGUACGGCCCGCUCGUCGGCUUCCUGAAGCUCUGGGUGGAGCUGCUCGUGAUCCGGCCCUCGUCGCAGUACAUCGUGGCGUUCGUGUUCGCCACCUACACGCUGAAGCCGGCCUUCCCGAAGGUCUGCGCAGUGCCCGAGGCGCCCGCCAAAUUGCUGGCGUGCGCCUGCGUUGUGCUGCUGACGGCAGUGAACUGCGUGAGUGUCCGUGCGGCGACGCGAGUCCAAGACGCCUUCAUGGGGGCCAAGCUGCUGGCCCUGGGACUCAUCAUCAGCCUGGGGUUCGUGCAAAUCGCCCGCGGUGAUGUGCCGAACCUGCUACCCGAGACGGUUUUCUCCGGCACAAACUACGACGUGAAGCACAUCGUCCUGGCGCUGUACAGCGGUCUCUUUGCCUACGGAGGGUGGAACUACCUCAACUUCGUGACGGAGGAGAUGAUAGAGCCCUACAAGAACCUCCCCCGUGCCAUCAUCAUCUCGAUGCCCAUCGUCACGACUGUGUACGUGCUCACGAACUUGGCCUACUUCACCACUCUCACGCCCAGCGAGAUGCUGCACUCGGAGGCCGUCGCCGUGGAUUUUGGUAACUACCAUCUGGGCCGCAUGGCGUGGCUCAUCCCGCUGUGUGUUGGCCUCUCCUGCUUCGGCUCCGUCAACGGCUCCCUCUUCACGUCCGCCCGGAUGUUCUUCGUGGGAGCCAGGGAGGGUCACUUGCCCCAGGCAAUGUCCAUGAUUCACACCUCACUUCUCACCCCCGUGCCCUCGCUCAUCGUCACUUGUGCCCUCACGCUGGUCUACGCGGUUUCGAGCGACGUCUUCUCCAUCAUCAACCUGUUCAGCUUCUUCAACUGGCUCUGUGUGGGCCUGUGCAUAGCGGGGAUGAUGUGGCUACGUUACACUCAGCCAGACCGCCACCGCCCCAUCAAGGUGAGUCUGCUGCUGCCGGUGAGCUUCGUGCUGGGCUGCCUGUUCCUCGUCGUCGUCUCCUUCUGGGCCACCCCCACGGAGUGCGCCAUCGGCGCGGCAAUCCUCCUCACCGGGGUGCCGUUCUACUACGCCGGCGUGCGCUGGCGGCGUCCACCACGGCUCGCGCGGAAAAUGGAGAGCGUCACCGUCUUCCUCCAGAAGCUCCUCAUGGUGGUGCCGCAGGAGUGACCUCACGACCCCCGGCACCACCUCCGCACCGCCGCCGCCGCCGCCGUGACGGACCUCCCGCUGGCACGGCACGGGGUGGACCGGAUUUGUCCGUGACGGUGGAUCGGAUUUUUUUUAGGGGGGGGAGCGGUGGGAAAAGACGGGGGCCGGAUCCACCCGAGGCCUCUCUGUGAGAGCGCGGGACUCGGAAUGUGGAGCGUGGAGUGUGAGACCCAUAGACUCAUCACACAGCAGAGACCCAUAGACUCAUCACACAGCAGAGACCCAUAGACU